AUGACUCAAACCACGUCCGAACCGCCACGACCGGCAGACAUCCCAACAGCAUGUAACAUACUCCUCAUCGGCGAGACCCAGGCUGGCAAGAGCACAUUCGUUGAGGCCGUUAGACAGUACACCAACCCGAGCUACACCAUUGACAAGACCAAAAUCGGAACAGGCACCGUGUCAUUCACAAAAGAGGUCGCUCGCACUCGUGUUUAUACUGAUCUCCCAAGCUACAACGUCAUCGAAAAGUCAAAGGGCGUCCCCGUCGGUGCAUACCCUUCACCACCAAAAGUCAUCAACACAGAUGCCCUCAUGGACGAGGAAACGAGUUGGGAAGACUAUGAAGAAAGGAUCAAUAGGCGCCGAGGCCUGACGUUGGAAAGGGUGGCUCCUCAUCCGAGAACCCAGUACCAGUUCGACUUGUUUGAUACUCCAGGACUCAAUGAUACCAACGGCGAAGAUGAAGUCCACGUCAACACGAUCUUCCGAGCCUUGAAGCGCCUGGAUAAGAUCCAUCUGGUCCUCGUCAUGGUUGGCCCAAAUCCAUUCACACCUAGCUUCCAGAACGCACUCAAAUGUUACAUGGAUAUCUUUCCCGAGUUUCAAGGCGUGAUUGCGUUCAUACAUACCAAGGUUGACUGCACUGGCUUGCAUCCCCAGCGAACGGACUUUCACCGCAAGCUCGAGGAGAAGAAGAGGUUCCUUCACGAAAUUAUGGGACGCAGCAACUGCCAGCACUUUGUGAUCGAUUGCGACUUUGAGUCGACCAAGCCCAUUCGGGCUAGCAUUACUCUCAACACAAUUCGACGAAUCUUGUCCUUGGCGCCUUACAACGAGCCCGUCAGCAUCAACAAGCACUCCUUGCACAAGACCGCCAAGAUGAUGGCCAUGGACAGGAUCAUUGCCAACAAGUACUCUGCUAUGAUCCAGGCGAUUGUGAUGACUCUCAGCACAAAGGACGCUCUCCAAGGAAGCAUCCUACAGAAAGUCUACGAGCUCAAGACAAAUCUGAACACUCUGCGAGCGGAAAAGAGGGACGGAGAAGAGCUCCUUGCCGCAUACGACACGCAAGAGCCUGUGAUGAUCCACGAGGGCCGAUUCGACGAGCAGUGGAGAAUGGUCCACAUCAACCGUCCUCACCAGAUGUUUUUCCCCAAUCAAGAACACACGAUUCACAAGGUCGCUCUCCUGCAAGAAGCCACAGAGGUCCUGAAACAGAAAGGUGGCGAGGGCUAUACCGCCUGGGAGAUCGAGUUCCAGCGAAAGUCAUUUAACGAUGGCGUCCUCCACGCCAAAAUUUACACUACCAAUGCGGACAAGUACCGGUUGGAUAUCUCGAGAAGAAAGACUCGUGCUGUCUGUUUGCAAGCAGAGAUCCCAGAAGCUGAGGGGAGGUUGAGCGAGUAUGAGAAGACGCACGCGAGUCAGCAACGGGAGAUUGACCAGCUUGUUGAGCAAAACAGGCGGUACACGGAAUUGUUAUCCUUGGCCAAAAAGAACAGGCUCGAUCCAGACGUCUUUGAGCGGUUGGUGGAACAAAAGGCAUACGUAGGGGAAUCAGCCGAGAACGCCGUCAAGGUCGAGUACAUGUAUUUGCAAGUUGUGUAA